CUAAUCAUCAUUAUCAAGGGAGAUUAGCCUCCUCCUCUCCCUGCGAAUUUUCAGCAAACUAGUAAAUAGCUACUUGAUUGAGCCCGUCUUUCUAAUAUAACAUCAGCAACAUCCUACGCUCGAUCAACUUCUCGCGGGUCUCUCUCUGCCCAUCUUUGCCUGGUUUGAGCAUAAAAAUGGGAAGUGUCAGUGAAGAGAAGCUUAGGUUUUGUAUUGACAGAGGGGGCACAUUCACUGAUGUUUAUGCUGAGAUCCCUGGUCAGGCCGAUGGUCAGGUUUUGAAGCUUUUGUCUGUUGACCCAGCAAACUACGAUGAUGCUCCAGUUGAGGGCAUUCGGAGGAUCCUUGAAGAAUAUACAGGGGAGAAGAUUCCUCGAACAUCCAAAAUCCCCACAGAUAAGAUAGAGUGGAUAAGAAUGGGUACCACUGUGGCAACAAAUGCACUUUUAGAGAGAAAGGGAGAAAGGAUUGCUCUGUGUGUGACACAAGGCUUUAAGGAUCUGCUGCAGAUUGGUAACCAGGCUCGCCCUAAUAUUUUUGAUCUUACUGUAUCAAAACCAUCAAAUCUUUAUGAAGAUGUUAUAGAGGUUGAGGAGAGAGUUGAGCUUGUACUUGACAAGGAGAAUGAUAAACAAGAUUCUUCUGCAUCCUUAGUACAAGGAGUGUCAGGGGAACUAGUAAGGGUUGUGAAGCCUCUCAAUGAAAAUGCUUUGAAGCCAUUAUUGGAAGGCUUGUUGGAGAAAGGGAUUAGCUGUUUGGCUGUUGUAUUGAUGCAUUCCUAUACCUAUCCACAACAUGAAAUAGCUUUGGAGAAAUUAGCUGUGAACUUGGGCUUCAGACAUGUGUCCUUAUCUUCAGCUUUGACUCCAAUGGUCCGUGCUGUUCCUCGGGGUCUGACUGCCAGUGUGGAUGCAUACCUUACCCCAGUCAUUAAAGAGUAUUUAUCUGGUUUCAUAUCCAAAUUUGAUGAAGGACUGGGUAAGGUGAAUGUUUUAUUUAUGCAAUCAGAUGGAGGACUUGCACCGGAAAGUAGAUUUUCGGGGCACAAAGCAGUAUUGUCAGGUCCUGCCGGUGGAGUCGUUGGUUAUUCACAGACACUUUUUGGACUUGAAACGGAGAAGCCUCUCAUUGGGUUUGACAUGGGUGGUACAUCUACAGAUGUGAGUCGAUAUGCUGGAAGUUAUGAGCAAGUCCUUGAAACCCAGAUUGCUGGUGCCAUAAUACAAGCACCUCAACUUGACAUAAACACUGUUGCUGCCGGUGGUGGAUCAAAGUUGAAGUUCCAAUUUGGGGCCUUUCGUGUGGGACCAGAAUCGGUUGGUGCACACCCAGGUCCUGUAUGUUACAGGAAAGGAGGGGAAUUGGCAGUUACAGAUGCAAACUUGAUUUUGGGAUUUGUUAUUCCUGAUUUUUUUCCAUCCAUAUUUGGCCCCAGUGAAGAUCAGCCCUUAGAUAUCAAUUCAACUAGAGAAAAAUUUCAGGAGCUUGCAAGGGAAAUAAAUUCUUACAGGAAGGGCCAGGAUUCAUCUGUAAAAGAUAUGACAGUAGAGGAGAUUGCACUGGGUUUUGUCAAUGUUGCUAAUGAGACUAUGUGCCGUCCAAUACGGCAGUUAACUGAAAUGAAAGGCCAUGAAACAAGGAACCAUGCUCUUGGAUGCUUUGGAGGUGCUGGACCACAACACGCUUGUGCUAUUGCCAGGUCUUUGGGCAUGAAAGAAGUGCUCAUUCACAGGUUCUGUGGGAUCUUAAGUGCAUAUGGAAUGGGAUUAGCGGAUGUUGUUGAAGAGGCGCAGGAACCAUAUUCUGCUGUUUAUGGCCCUGAAUCUGUUUUGGAAGCUUCUCGCAGGGAAGACACAUUAUUGAAGCAAGUAAAGCAGAAGCUACAAGAGCAAGGGUUCAAAGAGGAAAAUGUUAGAACAGAGACAUAUUUAAAUUUGAGGUAUGAAGGUACAGAUACAGCCAUCAUGGUAAAGAAACAAAUAACUGAAGCUGGUUUGAGCUGUGACUAUGCUGUGGAAUUUGUGAACCUGUUCCAGCAGGAGUAUGGAUUUAAACUACAGAAAAGGAAUAUCCUUAUCUGUGAUGUCAGAGUUCGAGGUAUAGGAGUUACUAACAUAUUGAAGCCACAGGCCCUAAAGCCUGUUUCUGGUACCCCUAAAGUUGAAGGCCUCUACAAAGUUUACUUUGGAAAUGGAUGGCAUGGUACUCCUCUAUACAAGCUUGAGAAUCUAGGAUAUGGUCAUGCCUUUCCAGGGCCUGCAAUCAUCAUGAAUGGCAAUAGUACCGUGAUAGUAGAACCCAACUGCAAAGCUAUUAUUACUGAAUAUGGCAACAUCAAAAUUGAAAUUGAGUCUGCUUCAAGCACUGUGAAAGUAGCUGAAGAGGUUGCAGAUGUUGUGCAGCUUUCAAUCUUCAAUCACAGGUUUAUGGGAAUAGCUGAGCAGAUGGGACGAACGCUUCAAAGAACUUCCAUAUCCACAAAUAUCAAGGAACGAUUGGAUUUUUCUUGUGCUCUGUUUGGUCCUGAUGGUGGACUAGUUGCUAAUGCCCCUCAUGUCCCUGUUCAUCUGGGGGCCAUGUCCAGUACAGUACAGUGGCAGCUAAAGUAUUGGGGUGAUAAUUUGAAUGAAGGUGAUGUAUUGGUCACCAAUCAUCCAUGUGCUGGAGGUAGCCAUCUUCCUGAUAUUACUGUUAUUACACCUGUUUUUGAUCAUGGUGAACUAGUAUUUUUUGUGGCAAGUAGAGGACAUCAUGCAGAGAUAGGGGGUAUCACUCCUGGAAGUAUGCCUCCCUUUUCAAAGUCCAUAUGGGAAGAAGGUGUGGCUAUAAAAGCAUUUAAGCUUGUGGAGAAGGGGGUUUUUCAAGAAGAAGGAAUUACAAAACUUUUCCAAUUUCCUUGUUCUGAUGAGACAGCCCAUAAAAUUCCAGGGACACGGCAGCUUCAAGAUAAUUUAUCAGAUCUUCGAGCACAAGUAGCUGCUAACCAGAGAGGAAUUUCCCUUAUUAAAGAGCUAAUUGACCAAUAUGGUUUGAAGACUGUUCAGGCUUACAUGACAUAUGUACAGCUUAAUGCUGAAGAAGCCGUGAGAGAGAUGCUCAAAUCAGUUGCUACUAAAGUAUCAUCUCAGUCUGCUCAGCUUGAGGGGAGAAAUUCUAUAUCCAUAGAAGAAGAGGACUACAUGGAUGAUGGGUCUAUCAUUCAUUUGAAACUGACAAUUGACCCAGAUAAAUGGGAAGCCUUUUUUGAUUUUAGUGGGACUAGCUCAGAAGUGUAUGGGAAUUGGAAUGCACCAGAAGCAGUGACUGCUGCUGCAGUCAUAUACUGCCUUCGGUGCUUGGUAGAUGUUGACAUUCCUCUCAAUCAGGGUUGUCUGGCUCCAGUUAAAAUCCACAUCCCUCCAGGCUCAUUCCUAUCUCCGAGUGAUAAGGCUGCUGUUGUUGGAGGUAAUGUUCUAACAUCUCAGAGAAUCACUGAUGUCGUACUUACUGCAUUUCAGGCUUGUGCUUGUUCCCAAGGUUGUAUGAAUAAUCUCACAUUUGGAGAUGAUACUUUUGGUUAUUAUGAAACAAUUGGAGGUGGCAGUGGAGCCGGUCCGUCAUGGAAUGGGACAAGUGGAGUUCAAUGCCAUAUGACCAACACAAGAAUGACUGAUCCUGAGAUAUUUGAACAAAGAUAUCCGGUUCUUUUGCAUAAAUUUGAAUUGAGAAAAAACAGUGGGGGCGCUGGACUUCAUAGAGGGGGUGACGGGCUUGUGAGGGAUAUAGAGUUCAGGCGCCCGGUAGUGGUGAGCAUUCUCUCAGAGAGACGUGUUCAUGCACCAAGAGGUUUGAAAGGAGGAAAAGAUGGAGCUCGUGGGGCUAAUUACCUUAUUACAAAGGACAAACGAAGAGUCUACCUUGGAGGUAAAAACACAGUUGAGGUAAAUGCUGGAGAAAUUCUUCAGAUUUUAACUCCUGGUGGCGGAGGAUGGGGUUCUCCUGUUUGAUUCAUUUUCUUUAGCAAGUUGCAGGAAAAGUUUGAUGGCUGUUUGAAAUUGUUAUUUGUAUUGAGCAAAUUAUUAAUAUAAUAUGUGCAGGAAUGACGAUCUCUUUUCAGUCAAUAAAUAAGUUAUGCCUUCUAGUUUA